GCCAUGGAUUACUCCUACCUGAACUCGUACGACUCGUGCAUGGCGGCCAUGGAGGCGUCGGCUUACGCGGACUUCAGCUCCUGCAGCCAGGCCGGCUCCUUCCAAUACAACCCCAUCCGCAGCUCCUUCGCCGCCAGCCCGGCCUGCCCGCCGCUCGCCUCCGCCAGCUGCGCCCUGGGCGCCCUGCGCGACCACCAGCCUUCGCCCUACGCCGCAGUCCCGUACAAGUUCUUCUCCGACCCUUCCACCAUCAACGAGAAGAGGAAGCAGCGAAGGAUCCGGACCACUUUCACCAGCUCGCAGCUCAAGGAGUUGGAGAGGGUCUUCGCCGAGACCCACUACCCGGACAUCUACACCCGGGAAGAACUGGCUCUCAAGAUCGACCUCACCGAGGCCCGAGUGCAGGUCUGGUUCCAGAACCGCAGGGCCAAGUUUCGGAAGCAAGAACGGGCCUCCAACGCCAAAGGGCAGAACGGUGGCAACAACAACAGCAGCAGCUCGGCGGCAGGCAAGAAGCCGGACCCCCGAUCCUCCUCGGAAGAUGACGAGUCCAAGGAGUCCAACUGCAGCCCAACACCAGACAGCACAGCCUCCCUGCCCACCGCCGGGGGCCUGAACAGUCCUGCCGACAGCCUGAGCCCCAGUCCUGGCACGGGGCAGCCAGGCCUGGGCGCUGGGCACGUCACCCCCACCCUCAAGUCUCCCCUGUGGGCGGGCGUGAGCACCAGCAAUGGAGGCACCAACACAGCCGAGCUGCUGAAGGCCUGGCAGCCCUCGGAAGCCGCCAUGCCCGGACCUUUCUCCGGCGUGCUGUCCUCCUUCCACAGGAAGCCAACUCCACUCAAGGCCAACCUCUUCUAACAGAAGCACAACCACAUACUGCUGACCCACAACUGUCCCCUCCCUCCCAUCACUGCCGGAGGUCCUGCCCUGCUUGCCCCCAAGGCUGCAGAGUCAACUCGGGAAUCUCAGCUUGAACUUCAUGAGCAGCAGCACCUCUGGACAUCCUGGCCAAGCCAGCUCUGAAAUGGCUUCAAACAGUCCUGGACAAUGAUGACCAGCACACCCUCCGUUUUUGUUGAGACCUGUUUUCUUGUCAUCUCCUGCCCUGGGGGUGGAACCAAGAAUGGACCACCCAGUCUCCAAGAAGGAGAUCCAGGGCUUCAAUGGGCAUCUUGGGUGGUUGAACUGUCCCAUCUUUUUCAUGAAAGUCAACCUCGGAGUUUUGGUGGACCAGCCAAGCUUCUCCGUUCCUCCAGGAAGCUGCUCAGGAUGUUUCCAUUGGUGCAGGAGGAAGAAUAACCUGUGGUCCACCGAAUUGGCUGGACUACACCUCCUCUCAUCCCCUGCCCGAAUGUUCACUAGGCUGUGGUUGAGAGAAGGUGAAGUCCAGCACAUCAGCUUGGUUGAAGUGCCUGUCUAUCUACAGCUGAGCUUGGUGGCACCCGUGCACUUCGCAAAACUUGACGGAAGUCUUCAGGUAGGCUGACAGCUGGUCGGAUAAGAACUUUGACAAGAGACAACUGCUGAAUUCCCACAGGCUUCCCGUGGGCUUCUGGAGGCUGGCUGAGUGGAUGAACUCACCUCUGCAAGUAGGAGAGGCUCUACAUCUCCCCCAAGAAGGAGGCAAGACUGUGCCUCCUCAUCCCCCUCCUCUUUCUUUUCCUCCCAAUGGACUCUGGGCUUCUUUCUAGCAAUGGGGUGAAGGUCCUGUUUCCUCAUCUUGAAUCUCCCACAGAGAUGGGAAAAGAGCGCAAGGCAAGGCUAUUAUUGUCCUUUAUUUAUAUUCCCACCACCUUCCUGGUCUCGCCAUGCCCAGCUCAGAAGCUUCCAAAGAGCCGGGUGGUGAUACAGAAUACAGAACUCCGGAGUUGAAAGGGACCUUCUAGUCCAACCUCCUGCCUGAGCAGGAUACCCUACCCUAUGUCAGACAAAUGGCUGCCCAGGUUCUUCUUGAAGCAAGGGCUUCAUGGAUAGAACUUGGCUAUUUUUUAAUCAGUGGAGAAGAUGAUUUGUCCCUCUUGCACAAUGGGUCAAGAGGGGACAGAGCUCUGAAGCUGCUUGGAGAAGAAGAGAAGGGACCUCUAGAUGAGGGUAACAUGUCAUUCCUUCUUGCUACACCUUUGCUUUGACUUGGGGUUGAUCCAUCUUAAGGUCCUCACCGCCAUCAAAGUGGGCACCAGCCAGAGCACAGAACAACUCAAAGAAGUUGUCCAGGAUUGGAAGAAGUGGAGAGACCUGGUUCAUGGAAUCACCGAGAGUUGGAAACAACUGAAUGGAUAACAUCAUUGUCAUGAAUCUCACCAUCAAUAGGGAAGAAGUUCUUGAGGUUGGCAAUCCAUAUUGCAAACAUGGCUGAGAUCUGAACAUUUGGGGGGUGGGGUGUCUUGCUAUCUGCACAGGGGUCUUGUUGAAUCAUUUUCUUCCUCAAUAUCAAUAGAUUUCUGUCCCAUUCACAGAUUGGACUGGGAAUGACCACAGUGUGGUAAUCCAGCUGGGCUGCUUUGCUUCAGAGAGGGGCCUUGGGGUAUCGCCCACCCCCAAAUCCUGCCUUUAGAACAGCAGUGAAGAUGAAGCAGUGAAGCAGGACCAGGGAUGUGGGGAGCUUCUUCUGGAAAUGGCUGAUUUAUGGCUGCCUGGAGCUGAAACCUUUGCUGGAGUUCAGGAAGGAAACCAAGUUCCAUGAGGACAAUGGUUCACUGAGCGUCCACCGUAAGUCCUGCUUCCCCAGACUUGUGUCCAUAAAACUGUGCCUCACUCCAACUUGGAACCUUGAUAAGGAAAGGAAGCUGUUGGAGAACCUCAACAGGUUUGUUCUUUCCACUGCUGAUGGGUUUUGAAGAUUCAGUUGCAUUGGCCUUCAACUCCUACAAUCCCUACAGGUUGACCUGAAGGACGUGUGCAGAAUGCAGAACCUAGAGAAAAAAAAUAGGUCCAUGACAGGAGAUCCAGAGGAUUCAUCUACAAGGUUCUAACCAGAUUCAGCAAGGCACAAUUCACCAAACCCAAGAGACAUUUAACUAACAAUGUGCAAAUUCAGCUACUUGGUAUUGGGUCAUCUCUUUGAGGAAGAACAUACCACUCUUCUCCACUGGUCAGAGCCUCUUUUGACUUCAUAAUUUGGCCAAGAAUAAUUCCAGCUCCCAGAAGGAACUAAUCUGUUGUUCUGGAAGCCCAGAACACAGCCCUUGAAGAGAACCUGGCCAACAGUGUCCUUCCACCUCCUUUUGAAGACCAAGGUAGCAGAAGCCUUUAGUAUGGACAGCAUUCUCUGGCCCUUCAGCAGCAACAAUACCCUCAUGCAAAAACUCUAGAAAUGGCAGAGAGGUGACCUGGACGACCACAAAUCUGCAAAGAUGCUACUGCUGUGGUCCUGGAUGGACAUCUAUCCUCUCCAAAGAACGGGCUCUACUGCCCAUUGCUGCCAACCUGGUGCCACAGUGGGAGAUGCAGACACCAUAGUCACAUCUCUAAGGAGGACAACCUCAGCAGGUACCCUUAGAUACCUUCUGCCCUUUGAUUGUCUUGCUCUUGCUUUAGCACCUGGGUGUAGAGGGGGUGGGGAGGGCUCUUCAAAGCCCCCUCUGGUUUUGGAGGAGUUCUGGCCUUCCAGGCAAAGUGUUGCUGAAACAGGCCCAUCUCUGCCUUGGCCCACCCAAGGUUGGAGGGCUUUGGGACUGCCUUGAAGAAGGGGGGUUCCAAGGGGGCAGGAGUAUUCUUGCCACCUCCUGCCAAGAACGUGAAGGGCCCAGGGGUCAAAGCCUUGGACUCCUACAGCAGCUGAGGAGAGGGAAUCUUCUCAGAAGCUUCCGUCUUCUGCUGAGUGAGAUGGCGAGAGGGCCUUCUCCCCUCUCCAAGCUGCUGCCUUGGCAGACAAACAUCACAUUUGGUCCAUGUCACCGGCAGCCCACAAAUUUGAUUCUGGCUUGCCCACAGAAUAAGGCUGAAGCCACUACUGACCACUACUACUGAGAGACAAAGAGAGCAGAUAUAAGUGAGUUGGUUAAAUGUCCCCUCUGCCCUUGGCAGUGUUAAUCUUGGGAGGCCUUGCGUCUCUGUGUGCAUGCAGUUUUGUGCGUGUGGGUGCCGGAAACAUUGUCUAAACCAGGAGAAGAGAAUAUCUGUAGCUCAGGUUUGAACUAUCAGGUCUUUGGUGCUCUUUGAGCUGGGUUGCUUUCUUACAGAUGUUUCAUGACCCAACUAGGUAACAUCAGCAGUGCUAGAAGCAAAUGGGGUUUGUGUAAAGGAGGAGGA